AUGCCACCGCACACGCAGGGGAGGAGGAGCGUUGCCGCCGCCCAUCAGCCCACGGCUCAAAAGGAGGUCAUAGACCUGAGGCCUCCCAGAGGCACGCGUGACUUCCCCCCCGAGGACAAGCGGUUGCAGGCCUGGCUUUUCGACCACUUCGCCGCCGUCACCCAGAGCUUCGGCUUCGAGAUGGUGGACUACCCCGUCCUGGAGUCUGAGGCGCUCUUCAUCCGCAAGGCCGGCGAGGAGAUCGUGGACCAGCUGUACAACUUUGAGGCAUGUUAUAAGGGGGACAAGGGUGGGCGGCGGGUGGCCCUGCGCCCCGAGCUGACGCCCUCCCUGGCGCGGCUGGUGCUCUCGGCCGGCGCCGGGCGCCCGCUCCCCCUCAAGUGGGCCGCGGUGGGGCAGUGCUGGCGGUACGAGCGCAGUACGCGCGGCCGUCGGCGCGAGCACUACCAGUGGAACCUGGACGUGGUGGGCGUGGCCGGCGUGGAGGCCGAGGCCGAGCUCCUGGCCGCGCUGGUGGCCUUCUUCCGCCGCGUCGGCCUCGGCCCCGCCGACGUCGGCAUCCGCGUGUCCACGCGCGCGCUGCUGGGCGCGGUGCUGGAGGGCGCGGGCGUGCCGGCGGCGGCGCACCCAGCCAUCUACGUGGCCGUGGACCGCGCCGACAAGCUCCCCAUCGCGGCGGUAGAGGCGGAACUGGGCGCGCUGCGCGUGCCCCCAGCCGCGAUCGACGCACUGCUGCGCACGCUACGCAUUCGCGACGUGGGCGCCCUGUCCGAGGUCCUGCCCCCGGACUCGCCCGCGGCGCGCGACCUGGUGGUCCUCUUCGACCUGGCAGCCGCCUACGGCAUCGCCGACUGGCUGCACUUUGACGCGGGCGUGGUCCGCGGCCUGGCCUACUACACGGGCAUCGUGUUCGAAGGGUUUGACCGCGCGGGCGCGCUGCGCGCCGUCUGCGGCGGCGGCCGCUACGAUCGUCUGCUCUCCUCGCUGGGCGGCGCCGACCUGCCCUGCGCCGGGUUCGGCUUCGGCGACGCGGUGAUCGUGGAGCUUCUGCGCGACCGCGGCCUGCUCCCGGACCUGGGCCGGCGAGUGGACGACGUGGUGCACGCGCUGGAAGAAUCACUGCGGCCCCAGGCCUGCGCCGCCGCCGCCGCGCUGAGGGCCAAGGGCAGGAGCGUGGAGCUGGUGCUGGAGCCCAAGCGCAUGAAGUGGGUGCUCAAGCAUGCGGAGCGGUGCGGGGCAGCGAGGCUGGUCCUGCUGGCGCCCGAGGAGUGGGCCAGGGGGGAAAUCAAGGUCAAGGACCUGUCCAGCCGGGAGGAGAGGAUGGUAGUGGGGGUGGAGGGGCUGUGCCAGCUGGAGUGA